CACGGGGUUCCACGCUCUGCCCUGCGCUGCCCGCGGAUCCCCCGCAGGGCCAAUGGGGAAUAGUGGGAGGAUGCGCCUGAGCCGCGUGUGCUGCGUCUUCUACCAGCUGUGCGUUCUGUCCAGCGGACUGGCAGCAGCACCCGCGGCACCCGGCCCGGCGACGGGCAGCUCUCGGGAAGUGCGCUCCGUCUCCUCCUCGGUGGAGGGUCCGGCGCAGGCCGCAGGAGAGGCGGCCGAGGAGGAGGACGCCGAAGAUGAGUACGAGUCUCAGGAGUUUUACCACUGGCCCCCCCUGCCUCAGGGCUCUGGUGCCACCCCGCAGCUGCCAGCAACACUCCCCCCCCCACCGCCUUUGGCCGAGGAUGGUGACGAAGUGUUGCUGAGGAUCCCGGCUUUUGCUCGGGAGCUCUAUCUGCUGCUCAAGAGGGACAGCCGCUUCCUGGCUCCUGGCUUUGCUGUGGAGGAACGACACGGAGGCGACAGCAAAAGCCCACAGGGUACUGCGCAAGGGCAGCCUGAGAGAGCUUGUUACUACAGUGGUGCUGUGCUUCGCUACCCAGGCUCCUUCGCCUCCUUCAGCACCUGUGGUGGAUUGCAACUUGUUAUUUUGUUGUGUUUUGUUUUGCUUUUAAAAACUCGAAAAUUCAGCAUGGGAAUAAACCAUGACAAUGACCACCCAUCCUGUGCAGAUGGUCUCCAUAUCAUGUCUGGAGAAUGGAUUAAAGGACAGAAUCUUGGUGAUGUUUCAUGGUCCCGCUGCAGCAGGGAAGAUCUGGAAAGAUUUCUCAGGUCAAAGGCCAGUAACUGUCUGCUACAAACGAAUCCUCAAAGCCUCAAUUCUGUGAUUAUUCCCUCCAAGCUCCCAGGGAUGACAUACACUGCAGAUGAGCAAUGCCAGAUUAUUUUUGGACCAACUGCUUCUUUUUGCCAAGAAAUGCAGCAUGUCAUAUGCACUGGGUUGUGGUGUAAGGUGGAAAGCGAGAAGGAAUGCAAAACUAAACUGGAUCCACCUAUGGAUGGAACAGACUGUGAGACUGGAAAGUGGUGUAAGGCUGGAGAAUGUACCAAUCGGACAACGUUGGUGGAACAUAUGGAGGGGGAGUGGAGCAUGUGGAGCACUUGCAGCCGUACUUGCAACACUGGAAUCAGCAGUCGACAGCGCAAAUGCCCUGGUCUGGGCGUUGAAGGUGAGUGUCAUGGCCCCGUGAUGCAGUAUAGAAUAUGUGAAAAUCCUUCCUGUCCUGCUGGUGUGCCUGCCUUCAGAGACUGGCAGUGCCAGGCUUUAAGUGUCAGAUCUUCUUAUCAGAAGCAUGUGCACCAAUGGCAGGCUGUCAUUGAUGAUGAAAAGCCAUGUGCCUUAUUCUGUACACCGUCUGGAAAGGAUCAACCCAUUCUUCUAACAGAAAAAGUGAUGGAUGGGACUUCCUGUGGCCAGCAUGGGUUAGAUAUCUGUGCAGAUGGUAGAUGCCAGAAAUUUGGCUGCGACGGUAUAAUAGGCUCUCUGGCCCGUGAAGAUCAUUGUGGUGUAUGCAAUGGUAAUGGAAAGUCUUGCAAGGUCAUUAAGGGUGACUUUAACCAUACCAGAGGAGCGGGUUAUGUGGAAGCUUUGGUGAUACCUGCAGGAGCAAGGAGAAUCAAAGUUGUGGAAGAAAAACCAGCUCACAGUUACUUAGCUCUUCGAGAUGCUGGUAAACAGUCUAUCAAUAGUGACUGGAAGAUAGAACAUUCAGGAACGUUCAAUAUUGCUGGGACCACUGUCCAUUAUGUUCGAAGAGGUCUCUGGGAGAAGAUUUCUGCCAAAGGUCCCACAACUUCUCCCUUACAUUUACUGGUGCUGCUUUUCCAUGACCAGAGCUAUGGUCUACACUAUGAGUACACAAUCCCACUGGAUCCUCCUCCUGAGAAUCAGAGCUCUAAAGUUCCAGAACCUCUUUUCAUGUGGACUCAUUCUGGCUGGGAGGAUUGUGAUGCUGUGUGUGGAGGAGGUGAAAGAAAAACAACAGUCUCUUGCACAAAGAUUAUGAACAAAAAUAUCAGUCAUGUGGACAACAAGAAGUGCAAAUAUUUAACAAAACCUGAACCACAGAUCCGAAAGUGCAACGAGCAGCCAUGCCAGACCAGGUGGAUGAUGACUGAAUGGACUCCAUGUUCAAGGACAUGUGGAAAAGGGACGCAAAAUAGACAAAUAGCCUGCACACAGCAGCUCAGAAAUGGGACCAUGAUCAGAGCAAGGGAGAGAGAUUGCCUUGGGCCAAAGCCUGCUUCUGCACAGCGCUGUGAAGGCCAAGACUGCAUGACUGUGUGGGAGGCAGGAGUCUGGUCUGAGUGCUCUGUAAAGUGUGGUAAGGGAGUACGGCAUCGGACUGUGAGGUGCACCAAUCCCCGCAAGAAAUGCGUUUUGUCCACAAGACCUAAAGAAGCAGAGGACUGUGAGGACUAUUCCAAAUGCUAUGUCUGGAGAAUGGGAGACUGGUCUAAGUGCUCCGUUACCUGUGGCAAAGGAAUGCAGUCCCGAGUCAUUCAGUGCAUGCACAAGAUUACAGGAAGGCAUGGUAAUGAAUGUUUUUCUUCAGAAAAACCUGCAGCCUACAGACCCUGUCAUCUCCACCCCUGCAAUGAGAAAAUUAAUGUUAACACAAUAACAUCACCCAGGUUAGCUGCUUUAACAUUCAAGUGCCUGGGUGACCAAUGGCCGGUAUACUGCAGAGUGAUACGAGAGAAGAACCUGUGUCAAGACAUGAGGUGGUACCAGCGCUGCUGUGAGACAUGCAGGGACUUCUAUGCGCAGAAGAUGCAACAAAGGAGUUGACCUCUGUCAGGCUGGUUGGCUCUCAGCUCUUUGCAGUCUUAUUAUUUAUAAGCACUCAUUGAUGUACACACACACACACGCGCGUACACAUACACACACAUGCACGCUUUUUCAGACCAAAUACUAUGAUUACAUAUAAUUUAAUCAAAUUUAAUUUAUUUUUGCCUGCCAGACAUCCUUAAUUGUUUUGGUUAGACAGCCAACUUGUUUUAUCCUUCGAGGUUUUCAUAAUUAAUUUUUAUAUGAACAAUUUGGGAUACAUUUAUCAGAAUUUUUUAAAGAAUAGUAACUAGUAUUUUAAAUGUUUAUUUUCAGUAGGGUCAUCUCUCUGUUGCCAAAAGAAGCCACCAUGUUAUCUUGAAUUUAUUUUAAUUUAGCUGAAUAGUUUUGUUGUAUAUGGAAAUAAAGCCUUUUUUAAUUUUAUUAUAUUUUUGGCAGAAUGAUCUUGUGUAUUUUGCAACAGAUGUUGAGGUGAGUAAGCUAACAUUAUUGAGCAGGUUAUUACAGAAUGUAUUGUGAAAUCAGUUCAUUUGAUUUGAUUUAGAAUCAUGCUGUUGGGGAUAAUCUACUGUAACUUAUACCUAUUGUAAACAAGAAAAUUAAAAUAGAGAAGUAGGAAUUUUGAUCAUUCUCAUGGACACGUACUUGAACACAAGUAUUGAAUCAAUGAAACACUGUAGAGAUUUACACUGAAUCACUGUUGCACUGUUUGAGGUAGUGUAGAGAAAUGCAGUCCUAGAAAUUGUAACAUCCUAUGAAUCCACGUCUGUACUGUUUAGCAUGUCACUUGAUUUUAAACGUUUAGAAACAAAAAACCCAUGCCCCCCUAUACCUUUGUGCGUCCUCUUGCAGAUUUACAAAUGGAAGUCCUUUCUCCUGCCAUUUUUAUGAAUUAGUCUGUUAAACAUUUUCAAUUCUUUGUCAAUAAUUUAGGAAAUAGCUUUGUAAUUUUACUUUAGUUUAUCUUUGUUUUAUGAAAAAGUCUUUAUAAAAAUAAAAUGUUUUACAGUUUUGUGAAACGUUAUGAAACAGCUAAAAUUUUCCUUAUGAGAAAAUAUUGUACAUGAUUCACAUGACUUUUACAUUUUCAAUAAAAAGUGAAGCUUCUUUUGUUAUUUGCA